AUUUAAGGUAAUAUUGCCGAUUGAGGAUCUUCACAAAUUCCCAAAAGAGGGUAACAAUUUGGGGAUAACAGGAAGCACAGUUUCAAAAGUCGUCGAUUUUCUACCGCCGGCGCCGGACCUCUAGAUCUCGCCAAGAUGCCGGCGACCGCGGGAAGGGUUCGCAUGCCGGCGAACAACCGCGUGCACAGCAGCGCCGCCCUACAGACCCACGGCAUAUGGCAGAGUGCAAUCGGUUACGAUCCCUACGCUCCCAACAAGGAAGAGAAGAGCAACGCCUCCACUCAGAAGGCCGCCGCCGCCUCGGAGGGUGAACAGGAAAACGCCUAUGCUAGUUUUCAGGGUUUGCUCGCUCUUGCUCGUAUCACGGGAUCAAACGCCGACGAGGCGCGUGGCUCUUGCAAGAAAUGUGGGAGGGUUGGGCAUCUCACGUUUCAGUGUAGGAAUUUCUUGAGUGCUAAGACUGAUGAUGAUAAGAUGAGCAAGGAUAGCGAUGCCAUCCAAGCUGCGGUGUUGUCUGGAUUGGAGAAGCUGAAAGGUGAGAAAUUGAAGGGGCGGCGGAAGAGUGCGGCCGGGGAGAGCGAGGAGAGCAGUGAGGAGGAGGAGAGUGAGAGUUCGGAUACGGAUUAUGAUUCGGAGAUGGAGCGUGCUAUAGCUGAGAAGUUUGGGAGAAAAACUAGUGGGAAGUUGAGGAGCAGUAAGAGUAGAAAGAAGAGGGAUAGUGAAGAGGCUGAGGAUGGGUCGGAGAGUGAUGCACGGGAGAGGAAGAAGAAGGAUAAGAGGGAGAGGGGGAGAUCAAAGAAGAGGAAGAGCGAGAAGAGAUGGUACAGCGACUCUGAUGAUGAGGAUUCAAGCAGGAAAAAGAGGAGGAAGGAGAGAAGGAGGAAGAGGGAUGAUGAUUCCUCUGAUGAGGAGGAGGAAGACAAACGGAGGAAGAGAAAAGGUAAGGAGAGGAGGAGUCACCGUGAUGGGAAUGGCCAUAAGCAUAGGAGUCGAAGGGCGGGGUCAGCAUCUGGCUCUGGUGACAGUGAAUCGGAUGAUUGUCGAGUGGGAAGGGACAAGAAGCGGUCUGAUAAGAAGAGCAGGCGCCAUCGACGCCGAGAGGACUAGCUUGCUUCAAUGGAGGUUGUGCGAAUUCUGUUUACGAUUGUGUCGUGAGUGUUGAGUUUCAUAACAAUUUCUGAAUGUGGUGCUAAUGGAAACAGAUUUACUGGUUUGGGAUAUUUGCUGUGUCUUCGGUGUUGCCUAGUUUGUUGUUUUGAAGCCGUUUUCUUGCCUUCUGUUUGUAAGAAUACUCAUGCUUAUUUCACAUGUAUGAAUAUAAUGUCUUGGCUCAA